AUGAAAAUCUCAAUUCCGGUUCUCCUAUUAACAUUUCGCAUCAUCCUCAUCGAAGCUUAUGCUUCUAAUGUAGUUCCUGACAAGUUACACGAUGAGUUUCACAAGAUUUCCGCUUCCAGAUUGAAUCAUCUGAAAGAAGACAUUCCAGCUAAUUUAUAUCUAUCGAUGCUGUUUCUGGUAAAUAAUUGUUCGACGACAGGACCGCCGGCUACAAAGACCAUCAGCCAACAAAUGAUUUUCGAAGAAACAAUAUGUGGCUCAGCAGAAAUGCUCAACUGGUGUGAUGAGAAUCCGGAAAGACACGUAGUUCUAGUGACAUCGAAUGAGAAAUUGAAAAACAAAGUGUUCGCUCAAUUUCAAUGUGUCAGUGGAAAUUCGGUAACUCCAAAGCGACAACUUCCAUUACACCUGAUAGUGGACUGUGCCGCUGUUCUAUUAAUAUGUCAAUUACCAUUAGAGACAGGCAAGCAAUCAAAGAGUCCAGCCUCUGAUCCGACGAAGAAGACACCAAUGAAGACGCCGAACGCCAAGACACCGGGCCUGUUCUCCUCGAAAAGGACAAAGAAACCGUCGACUGGAGGGGGUGGUGAGCUGAAUUCAAAGAAAUCGCGAACCAAACUCACAUCUGGAACUACUGAUAAAAAAGCAUCAACUGCUCUAACAAGCACAAAGGGAAAGAAAAAGGAUCCAUCGAAUCGGCGGAAAGUCAAAGUUGCUCCAAUGAAAUGUUUUGCAAAUGGAGAAUCUGUUGAUGGCGUUCAACAGUAUAAGGUCUCAAAUCAAAUUCGUAAAUCGACAAAACCAUUGGACAUUGAUGUUUAUGUUGUGAAAGAAGUCGAACAGAAUGAGGAUCUUCGAAUGAAAGUCGCACGACAGGAUUUGAAGAUUUUGAAGGUUACUGUCGAGGCAUCACUUCUUCGAAAACUCGAGAAACUUCCCGGUGAAAAAUGUUUCGUUUCGAUGGCAGAGUACGGUAGCAUUGCCAAAGAUAAAAUCGAGUUUUUGAUUGUCUCUCCAUUCGGAUCCACUCUUUACGAAGUUAUGAAAAAAGUCACCAAUGGACCUCUCUCCCUGGAUUGUGCAUUUUCCGUCGGACAUCAGAUGCUCAAAGCAAUUUGUGAUCUUCACUCCUUAGGAUAUAUCCAUAGGAACAUUCGUCCAUCUGCAUUCAAUGUCGGAUUAGGAUCUGAAGAGACUACAGUAUUCCUUCAAGAUUUUCGAGCGGUCAGAAAGUUUGAAGAGCAAAAGAAGCAUGUGACCGCUAGAUCAUCAGUCAAGAUGUUUGGAACUAACAGAUUCUCAUCUCGAGCUUGUCAGAAUCAGAAGGAUCAGGGACGGAAAGAUGAUUUGGAAAGUUUUCUGUAUACUCUUUUCUACUUGAUGGAUCAUGAUUCGUUGGCAUGGAAAAAGGAUAGUAGCAAUUCGAUAACACUGAAAGAGGCUUUUAUGACUUCAGAAGGAAAAGAUCAAUUCACUCGUGCUCCGCGCUCCCUUGAAACCAUUCUAUCGCUAGUUGCUGGAAUGGAGUUCUCGAGUGUUCCCGAUUACGAAGCUUUCAAAAAUUGCUUGGACAGAAUUCAAACGGGUCAGAACUACAAUAAGAAAGCCUGUGAUUGGUCAGGCAAGACGGGCCUCGAGGAGAUUGUUGGGGAUACGGAUCGAAGCGUUGAAUGUCGGGUGACUGGAGAGCGUGAUGCAAUUGUGAAAUCAGUUCAUAAAUCGAAGAAACCUAAUCGGAAGAAGCUGCAUCCAGGGGAUAAGAUUCUGGCGGUCGGGGCGACUUCCGCGUGGAAAGUGAUCAAUCUUCUUGGGUCCGGAGGUUUUGGAGACGUCUACAAGGUACAUCGUGACAAUCAGCCAGAGACUAAAUGCUACGCAUUGAAAACUGAAUCAGAAGAAGGAGAAAAACGAUAUUUGCGUCUGAAAAUCGAGGUUACUGUUAUGAUGAAGACUGCGGAGAAGAAGAAAAAAGGAAAAUUCAAGAAUUUUAUCGAAUUUGUCGAUCGUGGAAAGUGUGAGGCGUUAAAGUGCAAGUUUGUCGUAAUGGGUCUAGUGGGACCUUCCCUCGAAGACAUUCGCCGCAAGUACAUCCUCCGAACAUUCACCAAAUCAACCGCCUUCUACGUUGCCAUCGAAACGGUGACAGCAAUUCGUGAUCUUCAUUCACUGGGAUACCUUCAUCGUGACAUUAAACCAGCCAACUAUGCAGUUGGGAUCGGAUCCGACGAAGCGACAGUUUAUAUGCUUGACUUUGGAAUCGCAAAAUUGUAUGUAAACGAGAAUGGAGAUCACAAAGUGAAGAGAAAGAAAGUCAAGUUUUUGGGAACACUGAGAUAUGCAUGCAGAGCAUGUAUGACCCAAAUGGAACAGGGAAGAAAAGAUGAUUUGGAGACGUGGCUUUAUAUGGUGGCUGAUUUGUUGGAUGAAAGAAGAGGAAUGCCGUGGAGGAAACAUGCCGAACUAAAGACGAUUCUCAAGUUAAAGGAUGAGUUUUUCAAAGAAUUAUAUUCUGACAUCUUGAAGACGUGUGCAAGCGACGUCGGUGCGAAACUCAAUGGAAAAUGGGAUUGGAUUGGGCAAUUGAAGAAGAAGGCGUUCGAAAGUGAAAGUGAUUCUGAGAAAUCUGAUAAGAAGGGUAGUGGAGAUGAUGAUGAAUAA